AUGACGACACCCAGAAAUUCAAUGAGUGGAGCUUUCCCAGCAGAUCCUACGAAAGGCCCUAUUGCCAUGCAACCUGUUAAAAAAAUAAUUCCCAGGAAGGUAUCUACUGUGGUUGGCCCCACACAAAGCUUCUUCAUGAGGGAAUCCAAAGCUUUGGGGGCUGUCCAGAUUAUGAAUGGGCUCUUCCACAUUGCUCUUGGUGGUCUUCUGAUAAUCCACCUGGAGGUCUAUGUACCUAUCUGUGUAACUGUGUGGUACCCUCUCUGGGGAGGCAUUAUGUACAUCAUAUCUGGAUCACUCCUGGCAGCAGCCAAGACAAACUCCAGGAAAAGUUUGGUCAAAGGGAAAAUGAUAAUGAACUCAUUGAGCCUCUUUGCUGCCAUUUCUGGGAUAAUUCUUUUGAUCAUGGACAUAUUUAAUAUUACAAUUUCCAAUUUUUUUAAAGUGGAGAGUCUGAACUUUAUUAAGGCUUCUGUGCUACAUAUUAACAUACACAACUGUGAAUCAGCUAACCCCACUGAGAAAAACUCUUCAUAUGUACAAUAUUGUUACAGAAUUCGAACCGUGUUCUUGAGCCUUUUUGCAGUGAUGCUGAUCUUUGCCUUCUUCCAGAAACUUGUGACAGCUGGCACUGUUGAGAAUGAAUGGAAAAAACUGUGCUCCAGACCCAAAGCUGUAAUUCUUCUCCUGUCAGCUGAAGAAAAAAAAGAAAAGGCAAUUGAAAUAAAAGAAGAUGUGGUAGAGCUGACUGAAAUAUCUGCCCAACCAAAAAUUGAAGAAGACAUUGAGAUUAUUCCAGUCCUAGAAGAAGAAGAAGAAGAAACAGAAGUAAACUUUCCAGAACCUCCCCAAGACCAGGAAUCCUCACCAAUAGAAGAUGAUAGUGUCCCUUAA